GUUUGGUGGGGCGUUUGGGUGGAGCUGAAGAGCGCUGUGAGUGGCCAACGACCACCCUCUUGCAACACCACGCCAAGGAUCGUGGACUGCCCAAUCGGCCGGCGAGCCCUCUGCCUCGGGUCAGGCCGGAUGGCGGAUAUCGCGCGUCCGGCCUUGUGGCUCGCGACGUCACGCUGCAUGGCAUGCGUGUGGCUUGCGUCGCACACUUGCCCAUCUGUCUCGAUCCUUUCCCUCCCAACGAAUGACGUGGAGGCCGGGCGACAUCCGAAACUGCACUCCGCGCCUGCAACGGCAAGAUCGACCAUGGAUGUUUUGUCGCCGAAGCGUCCCAACACCAUGCCAUUCGCGCGCUUGUCGAGUGCUGACGUACCCGGGGCCUCUCGCUUUGUCGCGGGUUUUGCCAGCUGCCAACUGCUGUCACCACGUGCGCGCAGACGUGGUGGAUAUGACGUCCAAACAAAGCCGCGCCAAUCGGGCUUUUUGUCCUCCUGUCUGUCGUGUAACGUGUUUUCCCCAAGCCCUGCAGAAACAGAGCCUCACUCGUGCUGCGUGCACCGCCCGACCCCGUCCACUCCGGCUCGCUCGCUCUGGCUCGCUCUGGACUCUACCUCUAUCAUGACUGCCAGCCGCCUGGCGCCCUGCGCUCCUCUCUCCUCAUGAUUCAUCGCCCGUCGAUGGCGCCCGCGACCAAGGCACGCGAGCAAGAGCAGGGCACCCCAUGGUCUUGUACGCAGUCGUGCCUAUUUACGAUUGAUCGCCGCCCGCGCGGCCCUUGCGCCGCCCAGGCACUGCCGUCCAAUGCCCGGCUCGUCUGGCUGGCGUCCUGAGACAAAAGAGGGGGGGGGGGAAGGGGGUGUGU